UAGAGAAAGAGACUCUAAAGCCUGAGUUGAGGUUUGAAGUAACCACAAAACCCUAGCCUUCUCUCUCUCUCUCUCUCUCUAACCUCCACUGUUGCCAACAAUGGCAGCCAUGAUGCAACCGCAGAUCAUACUGCUGAAGGAGGGGACGGAUACGUCUCAAGGAAAAUCGCAGCUGGUGAGCAACAUCAACGCUUGCACGGCGGUGGCCGAUGUGGUGAGGACCACGCUGGGGCCCAGGGGUAUGGACAAGCUAAUCCACGACAACAAGGGCACUGUCACCAUUUCCAACGACGGCGCCACCAUCAUGAAACUCCUUGACAUCGUCCACCCCGCCGCCAAGAUCCUCGUCGACAUUGCCAAGUCCCAAGACUCCGAGGUUGGUGAUGGGACCACUACAGUAGUUCUGCUUGCAGGGGAGUUUUUGAAGGAGGCCAAGCCUUUUAUCGAGGAUGGGGUCCACCCGCAAAAUUUGAUUAGGAGUUAUCGGACUGCAAGCUAUCUGGCAAUAGAGAAGAUCAAAGAACUAGCUGUUAGCAUAGAGGGAAAAAGUCUGGAAGAAAAGAAAAGCUUACUCGCCAAAUGUGCUGCUACGACACUCUCUUCAAAACUCAUUGGUGGAGAAAAGGAGUUCUUUGCAUCAAUGGUCGUAGACGCUGUCAUUGCAAUUGGGACUGAUGAUAGGUUGAAUAUGAUUGGAAUAAAGAAGGUUCCUGGUGGUAACAUGCGUGAUUCCUUUCUGGUAAAUGGUGUUGCCUUUAAAAAGACAUUUUCAUAUGCGGGUUUUGAGCAGCAGCCAAAGAAGUUUGUAAAUCCCAAGAUACUUCUGCUAAACAUUGAAUUGGAACUGAAAUCUGAGAAAGAAAAUGCUGAGAUAAGACUUUCAGAUCCAUCGCAAUAUCAAUCAAUUGUUGAUGCAGAAUGGAAUAUUAUUUAUGACAAGUUAGCUAAAUGUGUAGAGAGUGGGGCUAAAGUUGUUCUUUCACGGCUGGCUAUUGGUGAUCUUGGCACACAGUAUUUUGCAGAUCGAGAUAUUUUCUGUGCUGGUCGUGUAACAGAAGAAGAUUUGCAACGGGUUGCCGCUGCGACUGGUGGGACUAUACAAACAUCUGUCAACAAUGUUAUUGAUGAGGUUCUUGGAACUUGUGAGCUAUUUGAGGAAAGGCAAGUUGGAAAUGAGAGGUUUAAUAUAUUUAGUGGAUGUCCAUCUGGCCAUACAGCCACUAUAGUUCUGCGUGGUGGAGCUGAUCAGUUCAUUGAGGAAGCUGAGCGGAGUUUACAUGAUGCAAUCAUGAUUGUUAGAAGGGCUAUGAAGAACUCCACUGUAGUUGCUGGGGGUGGUGCUAUAGAUAUGGAGAUAAGUCGAUAUUUGAGGCAGCAUGCUCGCACAAUAGCUGGAAAGUCUCAGCUUUUUAUAAACUCUUAUGCUAAAGCUCUUGAGGUUAUUCCAAGGCAAUUGUGUGACAAUGCUGGAUUUGAUGCAACUGAUGUACUGAACAAAUUAAGACAGAAACACGCACUUCAAUCUGGUGAAGGCACAAAUUAUGGAGUGGAUAUCAACACUGGUGGAAUUGCCGAUUCAUUUGCUAAUUUUGUCUGGGAACCAGCGGUUGUGAAGAUUAAUGCUAUAAAUGCUGCUACUGAGGCUGCCUGCCUUGUUUUAAGCGUGGAUGAGACAGUCAAAAACCCAAAGUCUGAGAGUGCACAGGGAGAAGCUGCUGCUAGUGCCAUGGGUGGUAGAGGACGUGGAGGUGGUUUCCCUGGUCGCGGACGCGGCAUGCGAAGGCGCUGAGCUCUUUAGAUUUUUGAAAGGCUUGUUUAAUUUUUCACUGUUAAUCUUGCCUUUUUGAUGUGUGAAAAUUGAGUGACCCGUAUUUUAACCGUCCAAUGCUCGGCAUCAAGUAAUGUGGAAGGCGAUGAACCGCUUUCUGAUCAGAGCAGCACAUUGUACUUUAUAUUAAUUACAAAUGUGAGACAACUUCUAUUUUGGUUUUCUAGAAUUAAAAUAGGUGGCAACUGUUUUGAUUGAA